UGUGCAUAAUUAAUAGAAUUUAUAUUUACAGUUAUCACCUACAGAACCAAUUAAAGUGCCUAAAUCGGUAUCUGACAAAAAGCGUUUCUUUGAAUCAGCUAUGGAGGACCAACAUAAACCAACACAAAAAUCUGAAAAAGUUUUCUCGUUUCUGUCAAAAGAUGAAGUCGAGAAGUUGAAACAGGAAGAAGAAAGGAAAAUCGCAACCCUUCGUCGUGAUAAAAAUGCACGAUUAGCUGAUUUUAGCGGUGGAAGUUUAAAUGAUGCCACAAAUGAUGAAGCGGAUGCAGCUAAAUGCACUGGUAAUGAAGAGCAUGCAGAUCGUACUGAAGAUGAUGACGAUGAUGAUGAUGAAGUCGACAAUAUAGACGUUGAUAGCGUAUUACGUGAUACCAUCGCCGAUCACAAUAAAUGUGAAAUAGAUGAUAUGAGGAACCCACUUGAAGAAAUCGAAGCAGUAUUUAGAAGCUAAUCUCUUUUUAUAUUUUUUACACUUUUUAUAGUUUUAAGUCACUAACUAUACUUUUAAAAUUAUAUUUAUUA